AGGGGCGCGGAUUUAAAAGGAUCGAAGGCAGCCCGGGAGCCGAGCGGCCGGGAAGCGCGCCCGAACGAAGCUGCGGCCCGGGCACAGCCAUGGCCCGGCGGGCGGGGGGCGCUCGGCUGUUCAGCAGCCUCCUGCUCUUCGCCCUGCUCGCUGCCGGCGUCGCCCCGCUCAGCUGGGAUCUCCUGGAGCCCCGCAGCCGAGCCGGCAAGAUCCGAGUGCACCCGCGAGGCAACCUCUGGGCCACCGGUCACUUCAUGGGCAAGAAGAGUCUGGAGCCUCCCAGCCCAUCCCCAUUAGGGACAGCUCCCCACACCUCCCUGACGGACCAGCGACUGCAGCUGAGUCAUGAUCUGCUCGGGAUCCUCCUGCUAAAGAAGGCUCUGGGCGUGAGCCUCAGCCGCCCCGCACCCCACAUCCAGUCUACACAGCCUUGUCCCACCCGUGCUGUUCCCUGCUGCAUCAGUCAAGUCCACCUUUGCUGUGUCCUGUGUGUGCUUGUGGCCGGAAUGGGACCCUGAGGCCCAGAGAGGGAAAGAGAAGUCAGCAGCCAAGACAGAGUCUGGACCUUGUUCACCUGGACUGGAGCUCUUCCCAUUCUCUCAUCUGCCUCAGUAUCCAGUGGUAGGGUUUAGCAACUUCAGUACAUUUGACAUUCUAGGCUGAAUCAUUGUUUCUUGUGAGGGCUGACGUGUGCAUCAUGGGAUGUUUAGCGGCAUCCCUGGUCUCUACCCACUAGAUGCCAGUAGCACCUUCCCCCCCCCCCCCCAUCAAGUUGUGACAACUGAAAAGACCUCCAGACAUCACCAGAUGUCUGCUGGGGGAGAGGGCCCCAAAUCAUUAUUAGUUGUCAAUCACUGACCUAUGGGAUUCAAGACUCCAAAGCUGGAGCCAAGCCAGCCUUAAGGUAUAGCCCAGCUGAAUGGCAACUCCUUCAUUCCCUGCUCCUGGUGCUGUCCUUACUGCACACCACCCUCCCUGGUCCUGCUGCUUGUGCAGAAGGCAGUGUGAUGUGGUAGAAUGUGGGUUCUGACUACAACGUGCUGGGCUUAUAACCUAGCUACUUGGUAGCUGUGUGACCUUAGAAAUGUCCCUUAACUUCUCUAAAGCCUCAAUAUUCCUCACCCAUAAAAUGAAGAUAAUAAGGCCCAUCUCCCAUUAAAUGAGACCAUUUAUGUCAAAUGCUGAGCAUGGUGCCUGGCUCAUAGACAGCCCUUAGUAGAUGGGAGCUCUUACCAGUCUGUGAGCUCCCUGGCGGCACCUGUUGUGGACUCGCCUUCAUAUCCCCCACCGUGCCUAGCAUAUAGUGUGUGCAUUUUGAAGGGAGAGGCAUUCCCUAGAAAAGGUCCAACCCAGCCUCAGCCAACAUCCCUGACUUCCUGAGGCACAGAACCAGCAUCCCCUGAGGACCUCAGAUGGAAGGCCUAGGAGCUUGGGCUAGCUGAGUCUGAAGGGAAACUGUCACCUCUAGUGCCCUUGGUUUUGAAGCUCUGACACAUGCAGACCAACUAGAGAAUCUCAGAAGCAGCAGUGCCUAGGUCUGGGGCUUCAGAGUGAGGUCUGGGGCAGAGCUGGGGUGAGGAGUGAGGACACUGACACUAGCCCAGCACCAGGCACUGUAUUUGGAUUUACUUCCAUGAUCUUUGACUGUCAUGACCACCCUGGGUGGUUGGGGCUGUGUUCUGAGAAAACUACUGCCCCUGAGUCCUCCAAGGCAAUUCAGGGUGCUCUGGGGCCUGCCUCAGCUGACAACCUGCCGGUGCCCACCUCUGCAGACAUCUGGCACUUAGGAAUGGCAGGAUGCCCCUAUCAUUAUCAGGAGCCCCCUCCCUGGCUCAAUUCUUCUGUAUGUUUCUCUUCAGUGCAGGAGGCUGCUGGUACAAAUACUGCAGAAAUGACACCAAUAAUGGGGCAGACACAACAGCGUGGCUUAAGUUGUGCCCACCCAGGGAAGGUGCUGAAUGGGACCCUGGUGAUGGCCCCAUCUGGAUGUAAAUCCUGAGCUCAAAUCUCUGUUACUCCAUUACUGUGAUUUCUGGUUGGGUCACCAGAAAUAUCGCUGAUGCAGACACAGAUUAUGUUCCUGCUGUAUUUCCUGCUUCCCUGUUGAAUUGGUGAAUAAAACUUUGCUCUUUACAUACAA